UCAGGAGAGAAUGCUACUGGAACAUAGCCAAAUUCGCUGCAAACCAGUGAUUCCGGCCAUGAAAGCCUUCGAUAAUACAAGACGUUUAAGGUUCAGGUGGGUUUGCAUUUCCUGCCAUUUGAACCAGCAGAGGUUCUCUGCACAUGCUCAGAGGUGGAACCACAGCUCUUUGCAUUCGCAGUGUGCUUUCCUGCCUCAGUGGUUUCCUGCCUCGACGACUCUACUCUCUCGCGGACGACUUUCACUCACUCCCAACCACGUCUGGGGAGCCUGCACCUACGAUGUGGUCAGCCGCUUUCUGCCUGUGCGCAAUGCUGUCGGGAGCAUGGAUCCCAGCGGUCCAGGCCCAGGCCACCCUGCCGCCAGACUUGAGCAUGACCCAAACGGUCCGGGUGUUUCAGGACUUCAUGAGGCAGUUCAACAAAACCUACCAGAGCCCAGAAGAGGCGCAGCACCGCUUCAAGGCGUUCGUCCACAACCUAGGAGUCAGCCGUGCCUUGCAGGCGUCCGAACUGGGCACCGCGCAAUACGGCACCACACGCUUCAGCGACCUGACAGAAGGUGAAUUUGCAGAGAUGUACGGCAUGUCCCGCCGCUCAAGGGCCCCACCAGUGGCAAGGGCAGAUGGGGAAGUAUUCUCAUUCCGUUCCAAAUCCUGCGACUGGAGAAAAGCAGGAGCCAUCACAGAGGUGAAAGACCAGGGCAAGUGCCGGUCUUGCUGGGCCUUUGCCACCGUGUCCAACAUCGAGGCCUUAUGGAAUAUCCACCAGCGGGUGCAACGAAACCUCUCCGUUCAAGAGAUAAUCGACUGCUCCUCCAACACGACGGGCUGCCAGGGCGGCCAUACGUGGGAUGGAUUCCUGUCCGUGUUCGAAAGCGGGGGGCUCUCAAGCUGCACUCUGUAUCCCUACGUGGGCAAAGACCAGCCCUGCCAGAAAUACCGGAAGAGAAGAGUCACCCCCAUCGAUGGCUUCCAAAUCCUCCCCAGGGAUGAGAAAAAUAUCGCCACAAUCGUGGCCUCCAAAGGACCGGUGACGGCGGAGUUUAACAUGAAGUUCCUCCAGAAUUACCAGAACGGCAUCAUCCAAAGGCCUGCGGAGGACUGCGACCCGAACUACCGGGACCACGUCGGGCUCAUCGUGGGCUUCAAUGAAGGGAAAUCCCGACGGGGGUCCCGCACCGGACCGUAUUGGAUCAUCCAGAACUCGUGGGGAGAGCACUGGGGAGAAAAGGGGUAUUUCCGCCUGCACCGCGGCACCAACGCCUGUGGCAUCGCCAUGUUCGUCGCGACGGCAACCGUCAAAGACUCGACCACCAAGAAGCCCAUGCGCUGCCCUCACAUUUGAAGGCACAACCCGCGGCAGGAUCUUAAACCCAGCCUCUACAAUAGCCAAUCAACUCCCGUGAAUAUGUUACAAAAUAUGAAGUGCAGAUUUGAUAAAUGUGGAUUUGAUAUUAUGAAUUGCAUGGAAGACAUAUGAAGGAGAGCUAAAUUUUUGAGAUUCUAAUAUUAAGGCCUGCAAUGACUAGCUGCCUGCUUGCUGAACUGUAAUUAAAAGUGACUAAUGAGA